AUGUCUACAACAUCAUGGGAUUAUAUUGCAAAGCUCGUCUGCAUUGGCGAUAGUGGAACGGGAAAAUCAUCUCUCACAAUUCGACUUUGCGAAGGGCGUUUUUCUCCGCACCAUGACGUUACCAUUGGAGUUGAAUUUGGAUCCCGAAUUAUCCCAGUUGGUCCACCGAAUUCAGAAGGAUUUAAACCAAAAUCCAGCGCUCUAGAUGAAGAGCCAGCACCUAAACCUGCAGCCACAGAAUCAGAUGUGCCACAGAAACACAUGAAGCUCAGUUUAUGGGAUACGGCAGGACAAGAAACUUAUAAAAGUGUUACGAGGAGUUAUUUUCGUGGAGCUUCAGGCGCACUGCUCGUAUUCGACAUCUCGAGGCGACCAACAUUUGAACAUGUUACGGACUGGCUACAUGAUUUGCGACAAAUUGCUGAACCGGAUAUAGUUGUUGUGUUGGUAGGAAACAAGAGUGAUUUGGCCACAGGCGAGGAGAACAAACGAGAGGUUACCGUGGAAGAGGCAGACGCCUGGGCAAAGCGAAAUGGCGUAUUAGAGUAUGUUGAAACAAGUGCGAAGAGUGGUGAAGGUGUUGAAAAUGCAUUUGCAAGGGUGGCAGAAAGGAUAUACAUGAACAUCGAAGCUGGAAAGUAUGACUUGAAUGACAGGAGAUCUGGAGUGAAGGGUCCUGGCUAUGGAGGCUCGAAAACAAAUGUUAAAUUGGCCCCCCAGAAAGCCAGCAGUGGUGGAUGUUGUUGA